CCAGCGAAUUCUAGCCUUUUAAUCAAUAGUUUGUCAGUGAAUACUAUGGACGCCAGAACAGCUUAUUAAUUAUAUUUAUUUACAUUAUCCCGACUUUUUUUUAAGGCUGUACAUCAAUACUCACCAUCAUUUAAGAAUGACCACUUCAGUGGCGUGCAAGACCGAAUAUGUGACGCCUCCCUCGGGUCAGUACCUCACCGACCCGACGAGUGUGGUCAUCGCUCAAAACGGAUGCGAUCGAGGCCAAGAAGUCACGUCUGAGCUGAACCUGAUGGAAAUGACAGAGAUGGAGUACACACACCUUCAGCACCUCAUCCACUCCAGCAUAGACGUUCAGGCUGCUGAGCGAGACGGAGACGGAGACGGAGACGGAGAGGUCAGGUUAAACCCCUCGACUUAUACAGACAUUAAAAAUACCCACAAGGCGUGUGCGUCUCCACACGUGUCACCUGUGUGUCAGCCGAGUACGUCGGCUUCAUCGUGCUCAGCUGCUGAGCUUGGUAACGAACCGGCAGAAAACAGCCAGGAGAUGACCACGGUGCUUUAUAAUCAUCCCGCCGGGGGUCCAAAUACAGCAGAGGAGAGAACACCGGCCAGAUGUGGCGAAGUGCCCAAGUCUGUGUUGGCUAAGGUAAAAUGUGCGGUGGAGGUGCCAAGGGAUCGAGGCAAUCGCCGAAGGAUCCCACAAGGAUCCAGACCCGAUCCCCCCGCGCGGGUGUGCUUGGAGAAGAGGUUCAACUGCGGCCCGAGUGAUCUGACCAGACAACAGGAGACGCAGGCUGCCGUUUUAAAUAUUUUCUUGUCAUUGCUUCACCAGUCGACGGACGUGUCGGGCAUCGCACUGCAUUCCCCGCCCGAAAAGUGGCCUAAAACGGAGCAGACGGCAGCAGUAGGCCACGCCUAUGAAGCAAAUCCGAUCGAUCCAUCGGGUCCUGCUACGAGUCAGGGUCGGAUGCCGGAUGUGAUUGCUCCCCAAAACUUCAGCUUUAGUUACAAUUCAGAUAAGAGCACAGACUCCAGGUUAAAAUCUCCCUGUAUUAUCUACAUGGACACGGUGGAUGAGCAGCAAGGUGUCAGCAUUGAAAAUGAAGUGGUAAGAAAAGCUGGGAAGCGAGUCAGGAUGCACAGCACGCGAGCUUUGCAGGUCAAGGACCUCAAUACAAUCCAGGGCUCAGAAAACCAGAGGCCCUUGAACACGAAAGCUGGUUCUAAACCAGGCAGAAGACCAGGACCUCCUCUAGAAAUCCAUGAGCGCAGAGAGAGACACAACAGCAUGGAGAGAGACCGCAGGAGGAGAAUUCGCCUGUGUUGUGAUGAGCUCAAUCUUCUGGUGCCGUUCUGCAACCCCGAGACUGACAAAGCCACCACUCUGCAGUGGACCACGGCCUUUCUUAAAUACAUUGAGGAGGUCUAUGGAGACUCCAUAAAACAGGAGUUUCAGAGCACCUUUUGUGGGAAGACCGGCGUUCGGCUCAAACCAAGCUGUGAUGAAGUUGCCGCCGAGUGUGAGAAUUCAUCAUCACUGUAGUGACCUGCCUCCUAACUGUUAAGUAAUGACUCUCAAGGGUCAGACUGGCACAUGUACCUUAAGUCCUGUCUGGUUUCAUACACUCUAUUGACAAACGUUUAAGGGAUAUAUAAAAGGAAAGGAAAUUAGAUGCUUCCAAAUUUGCAGAAACAGUUUACGGAAGACCCUUUCCUGUUUUGUGCACAAAGCAAGCUAAGACAUGAGGAAAAGCUUGUGGAAUGAACCGGAACAUCAACAUCGGUGCUCAGCCAUACAAAUGCUCAUCGACUGAACAGGCACGAAUAAACCGUAUCAGAAAAGCGUCUGUACAUUUGAUCUGUUCUAGCUGAAGAGAUCACAUAGAGGGUCAGUCUGUUUUAAUAAGCUAGUGGUCCUACUGUUUAUGCUCAGUUUAGUUAUUCAAUGUUAAUUUAAAAAAAAUUGUGACCCCCUAAAUACUCACUCUUUUUUAUUUGAUAAGGUUGUAAGUGAAAUUUUACCCAUUUUCCUAGUUUAUUUAAAAACCUUAGUUUGAAGGAAGCAAACUGAUAUGCUAAAAUCAAACUGCAGAUGGCGCUGUUUCUUCGUGAACGCCAUUCAAUCGUUCUAAAACUCAAAACGUUUACAGACCUAGUGUACUGAUUUUAUCCAUGCUGCUUUUCCUUUUGGUUGAAUAAAGGUUUACCUGUUCUGUA